AUGACAGUAUCCGAUUGCGAAAUAUGUGGACAAGCUGCUCAUGGAAAUCAUUUCGGUGUUCUAAGCUGUCGCGCCUGUGCCGCGUUUUUUCGAAGAGCCACACUUAACCCCAAGAAAAAACUGAAUCUAAAUUGUAUUCAUGGUCAAAAUUUGGAAAUUCACAGAAAUGGAUUUUUCUCAUGUAAAAAGUGUCGCAUGAAGAGAUGCCUCGAUAAGGGAAUGGAUGCUUCUAAAUUCCAACUCGAUCGUGAUAUGAUUUCCAUGGCGGUGGUUCCCACUAAAACUCCAAUGAUAAUCCCUCAAACUUUGGCUACAUUCCUCGGAAGACCCAGUUUUUUGAUCUACUGCAAUGCUCAAGAUCCUUCUUCUCCUGGACCGACUAAAAAUCUAGUCGAUUGUAAUUACCUGCUGGACAGAGCGACUGAAAUUCUGAAAAACGGAAGUUGGAAACCAUUCAGUCCGGAAAUGAGCAGUCUAGAGAAAAUAUCAGUGGGAUUUGAGAAUAUGAGAAUUCUGAAAUCUUCAGAGCUUCAAUAUUUGAGUCAUAUGGGAAAGGAUCACACGAUGCUUUUCUGGGAACAAGAAAUGUUAAAUACGGCUGAAUGGCUUACCAAUUUCACUGAAUUCAACUCAUUGCCAAUUAAAGUUCAGAUGGAAGUGGUCAAAUCCAUUUGGAAAACUUACGGAAGAUUUGAGAAGCUAGCAAAAACUGCAGAAUAUCGAAGGAAGAAGUUGUUUACAAACGAAAAUUUGUUUGUUGUUGGAGAUGAAGCAUGUUUGGACUCGGAAAACACUGAAGUUGAUGUUUCAUGGUUCACAAAUUACAGUUAUGAGCAGGUGUCCUAUUUCAUGGACUGCUUCCACAAUGAUAUGUUUCGUCAAAUCAUCAGAGAGUUUGAAACUCUUAAUCCUACAACUACUGAACUAAACUUCAUGCUUCUCCAAGUAUGUCUCCAACAAGCGGGCAAGAAACUGCAAGGUGACGUGGCAAAAGUGACUGACUAUUUACAAGAUGUCAUUGCUAAUCAGUUGCAUGACUACUACCUCAACGUGCGGAACAUGCCGAAUUACUCGGCGAGAUUGGCAAAAAUGAUGAAGGUGAAUAAUUUGAUGAGACAAGAUUUGAGAAGACAGGCGGAGAAAGGAGAGUUAGCGAUGACGUUUGAUGUGUUCAGUCUGACGUUUUCUCAUCCUGAGAUGAUGUGUUGA